AUGCACCUAUUCAAUCUCGAUCCUGCAGCUGAGAAUUUCGAUGUGCAGCCUGAGAUUGAUAUCCGCGAUUUGAUUAGUCUGGAGGAUGUUAUGGAUGAGCUUAGCCUUGGUCCGAAUGGCGCUCUGAUCUACUGCUUUGAAUAUCUAAUGCAGAAUCUGGACUGGUUAGAAGAGCAAAUAGGAACUUACGAGGAUGAUUACUUGGUUAUUGACUGCCCAGGUCAGAUUGAACUCUACACCCACUUUCCCCUCAUGCAGAUGCUGGUCGACAGCCUCCACAAACUCGACGUUAAGGUGGCUGCGACAUACCUCCUCGAGGCUCAGUUCAUGGAUGAUCGCUCCAAGUUCUUCGCUGGGGUCCUCAGCGCUACUUCAGCAAUGAUCAACUUAGAAGUACCGCAUAUAAACGUCAUGACUAAGAUGGAUUUGGUGGGAAAUGAACCCGAGAGCGUCAUCAGCACUGGCAGGAAGAAGAAGGAUCUCGAGAGAUAUCUUGACCCAGAUCCUACACUCAUUCUCGAUGAAAUCAACCGAGACACUAACCCAAAAUUUCAUUCCCUCAACCAGGCUAUAGUCGGUCUGAUAGAAGACCACAACUUGAUCCAAUUCAUUCCACUCGAUGUCACAGAUGAGGAUAGCAUUGACAAUCUCCUCUCGCACAUCGACAACUCGAUCCAAUUCGGUGAGGAUGAGGAGCCCAAUGAGCCAGCCGAUCUUGAUGAGGGUGAUUUUGGCGAGGAGUUUUAG